AUGGAGGCUCAGGAUGCAGAGGAGGGCCCAGGACCUGGGAUCUUCAAAGCAAAGCUGAGAGACCCACUGCGGAGGCCCGAGGCCCAGCAGCAACCCAGCUCUCGGGCGGGGCGCCGGUGCUCAGGGUGGCACUGCUGUGCAGGGCUGGGAGCCCUGGCGCUGCUGGCUGGUGUGAGCGUCGGCUCCUGGCUUCUCGUGCUGUAUCUGUAGCCAGCGGCCUGUCAGCCUGCUGCCGGACCCUUGCAGGAUGAGGACAUCCCUUUGGGCUGCUCCGAGGCCAGCGGUGAGGAAGCCCUACUCCCCGUGCUUCCCAGAGCAGUAUCUUUCAGAAUAAACACUGAGGACUUCUUGCUGGAAGUACAGGUGAGGGCACAGCCAGACUGGCUCCUGAUCUGCCACGAGGGCUGGAGCUCUGCCCUGGGGGUGCGGAUCUGCCAGAGCCUUGGGCAUCUCAGACUCACUCACCACAAGGGAGUGAACCUGUCUGACAUCAAGCUCAACAGCUCCCGGGGGUUUGCUCAGCUCCCUCCCAGACUGGAAGGCCUCCUGGAGGAGGUGUGGCUGCCCAGGAACAGCUGUGCUUCCGGCCAGAUCGUUUCCCUCAGGUGCUCUGAGUGUGGGGCCGGGCCCCUGGCCUCCCGGAUCGUCGGCAGGCAGGCUGUGGCUCCUGGGCGCUGGCCCUGGCAGGCCAGUGUGGCCCUGGGCUCCCGGCACACGUGUGGGGGCUCUGUGCUAGCCCCGCGCUGGGUGGUGACGGCUGCUCACUGUGUGCACAGUUUUAGGCUAUCUGGCCUGUCCAGCUGGCGGGUCCAUGUGGGGCUGGUCAGGCACAGUGCCGUCAGGCCCCACCAGGGGGCUGUGGUGGAGAGGAUCAUCCCUCACCCUCUCUACAGCACCCAGAAUCAUGACUACGACAUCGCCCUCCUCCGGCUCCGGACGCCGCUCAACUUCUCAGAUAGCGUGGGUGCUGUGUGCCUGCCAGUCGAGAAGCAAGAUUUUCCAAGAGGCUCGCGGUGCUGGGUGUCUGGCUGGGGCCACACCGACCCCAGCCACACCCACAACUCAGAUACGCUCCAGGACACGGUGGUGCCCCUGCUCAGCACCCAGCUCUGCAACAGCUCUUGCAUGUAUAGUGGGGCACUCACCCCCCGCAUGCUGUGUGCUGGCUACAUGGACGGGAGGGCUGAUGCGUGCCAGGGUGAUAGCGGGGGCCCCCUGGUGUGCCUGGACGUGGGCACCUGGCACUGUGGGGUGGUCAGCUGGGGCCGUGGCUGUGCAGAGCCCAAUCACCCGGGCAUCUAUGCCAAGGUUGCUGAGUUCCUGGACUGGAUCCAUGACACUGCAAGGGUGAGUACCCAGGCGCACCGAGCCCGCACCCCCCGCCCCACCCCGCGCGCAGUGUGGCGGGGCGGGGCUUGUCCCAGGGGCGGGGCCCCAGGGCACCCCCGUGGCCAGGCGGCCCCGCCCCCUCCCUCCGGCGCCCUGGUGCUCCGGCGCUGCGCAGCCGUCCAGCCUCAGUGCCGGAACCGGCCGCCUCCCGCGCGCACCGCGCCGCCUCCGCGCCUUGUCCCUGCACUGCACGCCGGCCCCGCGCCCGGCUCCGCCCCGCCCCGCCGCGGCCGGUCCACUGCUCCCCGCGGGCCGGAGCCGGCCAAGCGCCUGCCCGCCGGGGCUCUGAACCGCGCGGCGGGGCCGGGAGUCAGGGACCCGCUGAGGAGAGCGGCGGCCCGGACGGCUGCCAGAGGCGCGGCCGCGCGUGGAUGCGGCGGGAGCCGGAAGCCUCGAGCAGCCGGCGCCGUCUCUGCCCCCGGGCGCCCUAUGGCUUGA